GUUCCGCCGUCUGGCUUCGCUGGUCCGCAUUUUGGCCUGCAGGCGGUUCUGUCGACAUGGCGGGUGGUCUGGGUCUCUCGCUCGCCGGGCGUGCCCGCGCUGUCGUCGCUCGCUGUGGUCUCGCGACCCGAGGGGUGGCAGGCCCAGGCUCUAUGGGCCGCGAGCCGGAUCACGAUACCUACUGGGAGCCGGAGGAGCGGGAGCUGCAGGAGGUGGAGAGCGCCCUGAAACGACAGAAAAAGGCCAUUCGGUUCCAGAAAAUUCGGAGGCAAAUGGAGGCGCCAGGUGCCCCACCCAGGACUCUGACGAGGGAAGCCAUGGAGCAGAUCCGGUACUUACAUAAGGAAUUUGCAGAGUCCUGGUCAGUCCCCAGGUUGGCGGAAGGCUUUGAUGUGAGCACCGAUGUGAUCAGAAGGGUUUUAAGGAGCAAGUUUGUUCCCACGUUGGAGCAGAAACUGAAGCAGGAUCAGAAAGUCCUUAAGAAAGCUGGGCUUGCCCACGUGCUCCGCCAGCUUCCGGGCUCUGGGGAAACCUGGAAACUGCUUCCCACGUGCCACUCUGCAUCAGGAGGUGAAGCCUCAUCCCAAGGCCAGGGUCGCAGCACAGCUCUGAAGGUGGUGGGACCGAAUACUCACAGUACAGACCCACCGAGCAGACAGGAGAGAAGGAACAGCGGGAUCCGCAGCCUGGAGAAGGAGGGCUUGGCGCCCGUGGCUGCAGCAGGAGGUCAUCGGGGAGAGCUGCGGAAGCGUCCCACCGCGGACUGCGAGGGCACCGGGGGGCCCAACAGUGCCGGAUUGCCGAGUGCGGUCAAGCUGGAGGAGCUGGAGGCAGGAGAACAGGGUGGCCAGAACUUCAGCAGCAAAGUAGUGCAGCAGGGGCGAGAGUUCUUUGAUGACAACGGAAACUUCCUGUAUAGAAUCUGAGCUGGAGCCUGACCUGUGGAGGUGCCGCGUGAAACCCCGCUGGGCAAGCGCGUGGACGACUGGCCGGGUACAGCCCAGCUUCCGGGAGCUUGGCCCCCCCUGGUCUGACCCAUCCGGACAUUCAGUGCUCACCCUUCUUGCUUAGGCUCUCUGUGUUUCAAAACCAGCCCGCGCUGCAUGUGUUAGGAAUUUCUGUUGUACCUGCAAAAUGUGUUUUGGAGGAAUUGAAAUGUUGGCCUUCUGACUUGGUUUAUUUCUUGAUUAAUGAACACUAACAGUUCUGAAGCUGCUUAGUCAGUUGAUUGUUUUCAUUACGUGCAAAAUAAACUGAAAUGUAGCGGUG